AUGACCAGCAGCAGCAGCAGCGGCGGCGGCGGCGGCGGCGGCGGCGUCGAGAGCGUCGCCUCCAAGGCGCACCGGCCCUCAUCUCCUAGGGAUUUUUUCCGAAAGUUGUACGGCGACUUGGAGACCAAGUACACCGGCGACGAGGAGCCGAAGAUAUCGGCGGGCGUCGGGCGCGUCGAGACGGAGCUGAUCGCGCCCAUUCCCAUCUUGGCGACGUCUUCGUUGCCGUUCCUCCUGCCCCACGCCAGCGACUCGCAGCUGGCGGUCGCCGCCGCCGGACUGUCCGCCUUCCUGGCCAGAAGGAGGCGGAAGGAGGGCAGGCCGAGGCGGCAGAGGACCACCUUCAGCAGCGAGCAGACCCUCCGGCUGGAGAUCGAAUUCCAACGAUCGGAGUACAUCAGCAGAGGGAGGCGGUGCGAAUUGGCCGAGACCCUGCGAUUGUCCGAGACGCAAAUUAAAAUUUGGUUCCAAAACCGAAGGGCCAAGGACAAGAGGAUCGAGAAGGCGCACAUCGACCAUCAUUACAGGAAAUUGUUGGGGGCUUUUCCGGGCGGAUUGUGCCCCAUUUGCUCGGACGCUCCGUGUUAUCACGUCGCGCCGCUAAUCCACAGCUCGUAUUCGCCUCAAACCAAUCCGAAAUGCGAUAAUACUUUCGUUUCUUCUAGUAAUAAUAACGUAUCGGCGGAUUCGAACAACUUGUAAACAGAACGGGGGGUGGAUAAUUUUAAAUUUUAACCCCUAACGGGUGCACAUGCAAUUUGUUCUUGUAAAUAAAUUUUGUUGUAAAUAAUUAUACAUUUUUCUGGAGUUUGGUGCACUGUUGGUAGAUGUAACAUAAUUAUUAUCGAGUGUUUCUUAUAGUAGGGUAGGAUUUGUUUGAAGUUG